CGGCGAACCCAGUGGCGACGGGUGCCCAGUGAGCGUCUCAUCCCUCGCCAGUUGGUUUAAAAGAAGUCCGAGGCGGCGUAACAAGCAGGCCCUCCUCGUGCAACGAGCUGCGUUGUCGAAGAGACUCCUUGUUUCGAUCAAGUCCUUGGAGCAGCAGGAGGACUGCGUGCAGCUGCCGAUCUUGUCUCUUCCUCCUUCUCUCUCUCUGUGAACCUCUGUCCCUACCUCGCUGGUGCUUGCUUGGUCGUGAUGGCGAGGCGAGGGUUCGCCGCUCCGGCACAGCGAUUCGCGCUGUUGGCCGCAGUGCAGGUGGCGCUGGUUCUUCUAGCUCUCGGAUAUGGCUGUCAAAUGGCGUCUGCUCGCCACGUCACUGCUGAACAACGGCUGGCGGCGGCCAUCAACUCUACCGCUAAGGCGACGCGCCCCGUUGUGGUGACCAUCACUGAGGACAUCGUGCUCACGCGAUCGCUGCCAUUGAUUCUCGGUCCUAUCGUCAUCAAGGGAGGGUGUGGUCGGCGCAAAUGCGUCGUUGAUGGUGCGGGCAAGUACGGCAUUUUCCAGGCCUAUGCACUGCCCCCUCUGUGCUCAGUGACCAUCGAGAACUUGAUCUUGCGCAAUGCUGCGCAAGGAGCUGUCUACUCCAAGUGCGACCUGAAGCUGAGGCGUGUGGACUUCACGCAGAACAAGGGAGCGAGCGCCGCCGAGGUUGGCCAUGGACAGGCCUCGUGGCACAUCGAGGAUUGCUUGUUCGAGAAGAACAGCGCGUCAGGUGCCGGCGGUGCGCUUUACGUCGGCGCUGCCGGUAGGGGGAGAGUCGUCCGUACCACGUUCAGGUCGAACAGGGCGGGACAGGAUGGUGGAGCCGUGUACGUCUACGGACAGAUGACCGGUUCUUACGUCUUCGAUCGCGUGACCCUGGACUCGAACACGGCUGGAAAGAGUGGCGGGGGACUGUUCGUAGUCGGGAUUGCGUCGGGUGCUCCGAAGGUGUUCGUCUCCGGAUGCAAGUUCUCGAAGAACGUGGCGACGGGCGGUCCUGGUGGUGCGCUGGCGCUCAGCGCGUCGGUGGAUGCCCGAAUUUGUCACACAUCCAUCGCCGGGGGCCGGAACGCAGCGAAAGGCGGGAAAGGCAACGACGUCGCUCUGUUAGACGGCAACUAUCACCCUCAAAUGACAGUCUCAUUCUGUCCCAGAAAGCCUUCUGGUCUUUCCCUGUUCGUCACUCGCGUUCCCAAACUCCCGAUCGUUAGCCAGGACUGCCGGGUCUGUGCACUCCCACAAUAAGGACAUUUCUUCGAACGACACUGUAGUCGAUGUCCUCCAUGAUUCUCUUGGGUCAGCCUGGCUGUGUGCGACUCUCUCUCUCUCUCUCUCUCUCUCUCUCUCUCUCUCUCUCUCUCUCUCUCUCUCUCUCUCUCUCUCUCUCUGUCUGUUAGUUUUUGCUUUAGUUUGGCUCGCACACUGCUUAUCUAUGCAGUGCUAUCGAAAUCUUUGUCAGUCUUGACGGCUCUGUUGUGAGAGCCUCUUUGCGCCUUUUGUUGUGACUAAAAAGAUUGGGAAUGUGUUAGGGGUACCAUACAACCAUGAUGAGGGUCCGUCCAUUGCGUUCAGGUGAACCGCGCUACACAUGGAAAAAGUGGCUUCCGGUUCCAUUCCCCGCAGCCUCUCCCUUGGUAAUGUUUCUCUGGAUGCAUACAGAAUCGUCUUGCAGAAUGUAGGAUGGAGAGCGAUCGCAGAAUAUGCAGUGGAACAUGAACGGUCCAAGGUACAGAACCCAAGUUCAAAUCCAGCUGGAAUCAAUCAUAUGAACAGAAUAAAAUUGUUCUCAAUUU